ACCAUCUCAGAGGACCAGACCAGACAAGACAAAAACACUUCAACAAUGGUAACAGUGAUCAAAGUGGCAGCGCUUUCUGGUUCCCUCAGAAGAGCUUCAUACAAUUCAGGCCUCAUCCGUGCUGCAAUUGAGCUAAGUAAAGGAGCAAUAGAAGGAAUUGAAAUUGAGUUCAUAGACAUUUCGGAGCUACCCAUGUUGAACACUGAUCUUGAGAACCAAGGGACUUAUCCACAAAUAGUUGAAGCUUUUCGCCACAAGAUUCUUCAAGCUGAUAGUGUUCUCUUCGCUUCUCCUGAGUAUAAUUAUUCGGUUACAGCUCCACUGAAGAAUGCAAUUGACUGGGCAUCUAGGCCUCCAAAUGUUUGGGCUGGCAAAGCUGCUGCAAUUGUAAGCGCUGGAUAUGACUUCGGUGGGGGAAGGGCACAGUAUCAUCUUCGCCAAAUUGGAGUCUAUCUUGAUCUUCAUUUCAUCAAUAAACCCGAAUUCUUCCUUAAUGCAUUUGAUCCCCCUAGAAAGUUCAACAAGGAUGGUGACUUAAUUGAUGAAGAUGUCAAGGACAAGUUAAAGCAAGUUCUUCUAUCCUUGCAGGCAUUUACACUGCGACUUCAAGGCAAAGGCUGAGCUUAAAGCUACUCUAGUUAUCAAAAAAA